GGCCAGGGGCCGGGCACCCCGAGUCCGACGACGGGAUCCCGCGCCCCUCGGCCUGCACCCCGCGCCCCGCGGCCCAGCCACCACCAUGGGGGCCUGCCUGGGAGCCUGUUCCCUGCUCAGCUGCGCCUCCUGCCUCUGCGGCUCAGCCCCUUGCAUGCUGUGCAGCUGCUGCCCCUCCAGCGCCACCUCCACCGUGAGCCGCCUCCUCUUCACGGUCUUUCUCUUCCUGGGGGUGCUGGUGUGCACCAUAAUGCUCCUGCCAGGGGUGGAGAGUAAACUGUACAAGCUGCCCUGGGUAUGUGAGGGGUCUGAGACCACCAUCGUCACACAGGGCCACAUCGACUGUGGCUCUCUGCUUGGCCAUCGUGCUGUCUACCGCAUGUGCUUCGCUAUGGCAGCCUUUUUCUUCUUGUUUUCCCUGCUCAUGAUCUGCGUGCGCAGCAGCCGUGACCCUAGGGCUGCAAUUCAGAAUGGGUUUUGGUUCUUUAAGUUUCUGAUCUUCGUAUCCCUCACUGUGGGUGCCUUCUACAUCCCUGAUGGCUCCUUCACUGACAUCUGGUUCUACUGUGGUGUCGUGGGCUCCUUCAUCUUCAUCCUCAUCCAGCUGCUGCUGUUUAUCGAUUUUGCACACUGCUGGAACCAGAGGUGGCUGAGCAAGGCCGAGGAGUGCGACUCGCGUGCCUGGUACGCAGGCCUCUUCUUCUUCACCCUCCUUUUCUAUACCCUAUCUCUUGUCGCUGUGGCACUGAUGUUCACCUACUACACCCAUCCUGGGGCCUGCCACGAAGGUAAGGUCUUCAUCAGCCUCAACCUCACCUUCUGCGUCUGCGUUUCCAUUGUCGCUGUCCUGCCGAAGGUCCAGGAUGCCCAACCCAACUCGGGUCUACUGCAGGCCUCGGUCAUCACACUCUAUACCAUGUUUGUUACCUGGUUGGCGCUGUCCAAUGUUCCCGACCAGGAAUGCAACCCCCACCUGUUGACCCGCUUCAGCAAUGGGACAGUUCCCGAAGGUUAUGAGACACAUUGGUGGGAUGCACCGAGCAUUGUGGGGCUCAUUGUCUUCAUCCUGUGCACCAUCUUUAUCAGUUUGCGCUCCUCAGAUCACCCACAGGUGAACAGCCUGAUGCAGACUGAGGAAUGUAUGCAGGUGACACAGCAGCAACAGCAGCAGAUGGUGGUGAGUGAGGGACGGACCUUCGACAAUGAGCAGGACUGCGUCUCCUACAGUUACUCCUUCUUCCACUGCUGCCUGCUGUUCGCCUCACUGCAUGUCAUGAUGACAUUCACCAACUGGUACAGACCUGGAGAGGCCCGGAAGAUGAUCAGCACAUGGACAGCCGUGUGGGUGAAGGUCUGCGCCAGCUGGGCUGGGCUGCUGCUCUACCUGUGGACGCUGGUGGCUCCGCUCCUCCUGCCACAACGAGACUUCAGCUGAGCCCCUGACCUGCACACCAGCUGCUGAGGUCCUGCCUAGGCGGGCCUCUCUCUUAGUGCCUUUGGGAGUGAGAUGCCUAACGGCUAAGCCCAGGCCUCGCUCUUCUGAUGCCCCCACAUCACAGGGCUAUUUUUUCCUCCCCUUGCCCGAUGACCCAUACUUGCCCUCCUAAGGAAAGGGCCCCUCUUCUCAGGAGAGGAUCCUGAAAGAAAGAUUCCAAACAGCUCAGAAAAGAGCACCCAGCACUGAGG